AGUUUCCACUCCGGAAUGUGUUUGGUGUGAAGCAGCAGGGUCGUGGUGUAGGAUGUAAUAUUCUGUUAACCGCGGUAGUGUAAUUUAUCGAAGGAAAAUUUCAGUAAAUCUUUUUAGACAUGGAUGACCAGGGCUGUCCACGAUGCAGAACCACCAAAUACAGGAACCCGUCUCUCAAACUGAUGGUCAAUGUCUGUGGCCACACGCUGUGCGAGAGCUGCGUGGAGAUGCUUUUCGUCCGCGGCUCGGGAAACUGCCAGGAGUGCGACACGCCGCUCAGGAAGAGCAACUUCCGCGUGCAGUUCUUCGAGGACCCGGCGGUCGACAAAGAGGUGGAGAUCAGGAAGAAGGUGUUGAAAAUCUACAACAAGAGAGAGCAAGAUUUCCCCAGUCUGCACGAGUACAACGACUACUUAGAGCAGGUCGAAGAGAUCAUCUAUAACCUGACAAACAAUGUGGAUGUCGAGACCACAAAUCAGAUGAUAGAGCAGUACAAGAGGGAGAAUAAAGAUGUCAUUCAGAAGAACAAAGUCAAACUGACACGGGAACAGGAGGAGCUGGAGGAGCUCCUGCUGUUGGAGCAGCAGGAGACCGAGCAGAGGCGGCUGGAGCUGCUGCAGGAGGAGCACCGGCAGCUCCUGGCUAAGAAGAAGAACAAGCAGGCUCUUCUGGAUGAGCUGGAGAGCUCCCAGCUGCCGGCCUCGUUGCUCCUGGCCCAGCACAAGGGUAGAGCUGCACAGCUGGAAGUCCAACUGGAGAAGCAGCGCCAGGUUGUCAAGCCCACCACCUUCUCCACUGGCAUUGCCAUGAGCCAGAAGAUCUCCCUCCAGCCUUUGCCACGCAUCGAGGAGGUGCUGUACAAAUACGAGCCACUGCGCAUAGAAACCCAGGGGCCUGAGGUCCCCGAGCUGGAGAGUCUGUGCAGGCUAGGGUACCUGAACCACGUGCGGGCUGCCUCCCCCCAGGAUGUGGCUGGGGGCUACACCUCCAGCCUGGCCUGCCAUCGAGCUGUGCAGGACGCCUUCAGCGGUCUGUUCUACUCAGUGCUUUAACCUGGCUGGCUCCCUGUGGUGCCUGACGGAAGGCACUGCAGCCCAGGACAGAAGACAUUAGAAAACCUUGUACACCCGUGCCUCAUUAUCGUGAAAAAAAGGGCAAGAUGAAUAAUUGUCAUGUAAAGAUGUUUCUUGACUUUGUCAUCUUGUGUUCUUACUGGGAUAUAAAUGAGAUAGCUUUGCAUGGUAGUACCUGGUUUCUGAAUCAAGUCAGCCAUCUGGGUAGGAGCCCUCCUAAUUUUUUUUAGCCUGUAGCUGAGUGACCAGAAGCCACGAAAAGGAUCUCAACACUGCCGGCCUCACUCAGGGAUCACAGUGGCUGCAGCGACACAGAUUCCCUAUUGGAACCUUGUGGAUAGUAGCAAUAUGUUUGCUUGCUUACUUUACACAACGAGCGAUUUUUUUUUACCCACCUAAGAUGUGUAUAGAUUUUUCUCAAAGCUUUUAUAAUAAAAAAAAAAAACUUCA